CCAAUAGUGAUUCAAAUCCGACGGGCUUUCAUUUAGACAUAGAAGAAGAUUAUCUUAUACGACGUGUUUCACAUGAACGGAAUAAUUUUGAAACCACAACCUCAAAUUCAAUCCUAAUUCCAAGUAACACUAAUUCUAAAAUCAAUAUUAUCAAUUUACAAACCCCAACAGCAAAUUCUAAUCCUUCCUUAAAUGAAGGAAUGUUGAGUACAAGUUCUGAAGGUUUUGGUGAAACGAAGCAAAGAAACUUUGUUGAUGACGACGAGAAAGAGGAAAUUCUCUUGGAAACUCUGGGCGCCUCAACAGAAACCAGUGGAAUCAGUGUUGAAGCGUACCCUCGUUUAUCUACACAAGAUUAUCAGAAUGUAGCAUUACUCGUUGUACUUUAUUUAUUACAGGGAAUUCCUGUCGGAUUGGCAUUUGGUUCAAUUCCAUUUCUUCUAAAAUCAAAAUUAUCAUAUUCGCAAAUUGGGUUCUUUUCUUUGGCGUCUUACCCUUAUAGUUUAAAAUUAUUAUGGUCACCGAUUGUUGAUGCUACUUAUUCAAAGAAGGUUGGGCGCAGAAAAAGUUGGAUCAUACCGAUUCAACUGUUAACCGGAAGUUUAUUUUUCUGGCUCGGGAAUAAUGUGGAUGUAAUUUUUGAUGAAGAAAAACCUGACGUGUUUACUUUGACAUUAUUAUUUUUUAUAUUGAUAUUCUUUUCGGCUACACAAGAUAUCGCUGUUGAUGGAUGGGCGUUGACAUUAUUAUCCAAGAACAGUCUUUCUUAUGCAUCAACGGCACAGACUAUAGGGUUGAAUACGGGAUAUUUUUUAUCAUUUACGGUAUUUUUAGCACUCAACUCUGCCGACUUUAGCAAUAAAUACUUUAGGACAGAACCAAGCGAUGUUGGAUUUAUAUCAUUGGGAUCAUAUCUUUCAUUUUGGUCCGUCUUAUAUUUUGUUGUAACUGUUUGGUUGAUUUUCGUUAAGGGAGAGGAUGCCACUCAUGCUUCCGAUGAGAUGGAUAUCAAAACGGUAUAUCAGACGAUAUGGAACAUCUGUAAAAUGCCCCAUAUGCGUAAACUUAUUUUAGUUUUACUUGUGGCAAAAAUUGGAUUUAUCGCAAAUGAGGCGGUUACUGGAUUGAAACUUUUGGAAAAGGGCUUCGGUAAAGAGGACUUGGCUUUGGCUGUGUUGAUUGAUUUUCCAUUCCAAAUUUUAGUUGGAUAUUAUGCUGCCAAAUGGAGUAAUGGUCCGCAACCUUUAAAGCCUUGGAUUAGAGCAUUUUAUGGCCGAUUAUUUUUUGCCAUUGUUGGAAUGUUGGUUGUAUAUAUAUUCCCGGGUAACACGCAGAUUUCCUCUGGAAUGUUCAUUGUUGUGAUAGCUAGCACGGUUUUGAGCUCGUUUAUGAGUACCGUACAAUUCGUUAGUAUAUCAGCUUUCAUGACUACAAUUGCUGACCCAGUUAUAGGCGGAACAUAUAUGACGUUGUUGGCUACCUUUAGUAACUUUGGAGGAACGUGGCCUAGGUUCUUUGUUCUAGAAGCUGUUGAUUAUUUCACAGAUGCCACAUGUAACAUCAUUAAAGAAAGUAAUACAACUAGCACAAUACAAUGUGUUUCGGAGCAAGAUAAAAUGAUAUGUAAAGACAAUGGUGGCACUUGUGUUAUACAUCAAGAUGGUUAUUAUAUUGUAUCAAUCGCAACGGUUGCAAUUGGUACUCUUUUGUUGUUUGGAUUCAUUAUUCCGCAGAUUAAAGUCCUACAAG